GCCAAGCGCGUGGCAGUGCUCGGCAUCAAGACGGAGGCACAGGCCAGCCAGCCCGCUUUCUUCGUGCCCGAGUACCUGCAGAGCGUGGGGGUGGACAUCGUCCCCGUCCCAGUCUAUUACCCAGAGGUCAAGGAGAUUCUGGGCAAGCCAGUGGUGCGGGACCUGCGGCAAAUCCAGGGACACAUCGACAUCCUAGACGUCUUCCGCCGGCCGGCCGACCUGCCUGGGCACCUGGAUGACAUUGUGGCCCUCAGGCCUGACUGCGUGUGGCUGCAGAGCGGCAUCAGCCACCCGGAAUUCGAGGAGCGCCUGGCUGCGGCAGGCAUCAAGGUGGUGCCCAGCAGGUGCCUCAAAGUGGACAGAGCGGCGGCCGGC